AGUAAACAUCAACCUCGCGUUGUUUUGAAGUUGGCGUGGCCCGCACCUGAUAUUGAAACUUGUUUGCAGUCCGGAGGAUUCCUGCGCACCCACGUCUCCAGAGCUCCCCAACUUUGUGGCUCUUCAUCGGACGCUUACUUGGGACGCGAAGGCUCCGCGUCUGUUGCCUCCAUGUCCGGCCACCACCACCACCACGACCACGGCUGCGGCUGCGAGGGCGCCCACGAACCCGCCGAGAGGGGCGUCGAAUACGGACUAUAUUGCCGCAUCGACACCGACAAGUUGCAGUGUCUGAACGAGAGCAGAGACGGCGACGGCAAGCUGGUGUUCAAGCCGUGGGACCAGCGGAACGAUCGCGACAAGUUUGUCGAGAGUGACGCCGACGAAGAGCUCUUGUUCAAUAUCCCGUUUACUGGCAGUGUCAAGCUGAAAGGGAUCAUCAUCUCCGGAGAGGAUGACGACUCACAUCCGGCAGAGAUACGAUUGUACAAAAAUAUCCCUCAGAUGUCCUUUGAUGACACCGGCAAAGAACCAGAGCAAGCUUUCAGACUCAACAGAGACCCCAGCGCUCAGCUGGAGUACCCCACCAAGAUCGCCCGUUUUUCCAACGUCCAGCACCUCUCCAUCCACAUCUCGAAGAACUUUGGUGCGGAGAACACCCGAAUCUACUACAUCGGCCUUAGGGGAGAAUACUCGGAGGCUCACCGACACGAAGUGACAAUCUGCAACUACGAGGCGGCGGCGAACCCGGCCGAUCACAAGGUGGAGAGCAUUGUCCCUCAAACCAACUUUAUUUCCUGAAGCCUCACUCUGAAGGAGGAAAACGAGCCUGUCAUUGAUGCGGAUCAAACCAAGGCAAUGAUGCAUUUGUGGCCGCGUCCUGUUGGCAAGCUCGCCAAGCGCGACGCGGAUGCCGAGCGCUCAAGUCUGACGAGCUUUCCAAAACGCACUGGGGCAUCACGGGUUUGCACUGGAGUUUGAAUUCACAAAGGUUUGUAAUGUGCUUCCAAAUAAAAUCUUGAGAUUUGACAA